UUCGCUUGCACGAUAAAAGAACAAAUACUAGCUGGGUAAUACACUUUUGAGCUCCAUAAAAUCACUCCAGAAUCAUGCAUACGAUGCGUCACUUAUACGGCGUUCUUCGGAAUGCGUUGUAUGAGUGUGCCUUCUAUGACCUUUUCAAGACACACUCUGAGAAGUUGCGCGACAUCUUCUGACCGGAUGACCGGAGCCCCGCGGAAGCCUUUCAUAACCUCUAUAAAGCGACAACAUCAACAACCAUGGCACUCGAUUUGCCCAAACGUGACUAUCAUUAUGUCGUGGACCGUAGGUAGUUACCUCGCCGAACGGCUGUCUCAGAUUGGAAUCGAGCACCACUUUGUCGUCCCUGGCGACUACAAUCUUGUCUUGCUAGACCAGUUGCAGGCCCAUCCAAAGCUUUCAGAAAUCGGAUGUGCCAAUGAGCUGAAUUGCUCCUUUGCAGCCGAAGGCUAUGCACGAGCAAAAGGUGUUGCUGCAGCAGUGGUGACCUUCAGUGUAGGCGCAUUCUCUGCUUUCAACGGACUUGGUGGGGCGUACGCAGAGAAUCUACCUGUCAUACUCAUUAGCGGCUCGCCCAACACCAACGACGCCGGCGCCUUCCAUCUGCUCCACCACACGCUCGGAACCCACGACUUUGAAUACCAGCGUCAGAUUGCCGAGAAGAUCACUUGCGCUGCGGUUGCGGUUCGUCGCGCCCAGGACGCGCCUCGCCUAAUCGAUCAUGCAAUCCGCAGCGCCCUCUUGGCCAAGAAACCAAGCUAUAUCGAGAUUCCAACAAAUCUCUCCAACGUCACCUGUCCGGCGCCGGGCCCAAUAUCCGCUGUCAUCGCGCCGGAACCAAGCGAUGAGCCAACAUUGGCAGCUGCCGUCCAUGCUGCAACGAAUUGGCUCAAAGCGAAGCAGAAGCCCAUACUGCUGGCUGGCCCCAAGCUACGAGCCGCGGGGGGAGAAGCAGGCUUUCUGCAACUGGCUGAGGCCAUAGGAUGUGCGGUCGCGGUUAUGCCUGGGGCCAAGAGCUUUUUUCCCGAGGACCACAAGCAAUUUGUUGGCGUCUACUGGGGCCAGGCCAGUACUAUGGGAGCAGACGCCAUUGUCGACUGGGCAGAUGGGAUUUUUGGCGCAGGCCUCGUGUUCACGGACUACAGUACCGUGGGAUGGACGGCAAUUCCUUCAGAAUCAAUAACCUUGAACGCGGAUCUGGACAAUAUGAGCUUUCCGGGCGCGACAUUCAACCGCGUUCGUUUGGCCGACCUUUUGUCGGCCCUUGCUAAGGAGGCUACACCUAAUCCCAGCACCAUGGUUGAAUAUGCUCGUCUACGUCCUGAUAUACUUCCCCCGCAUCACGAACAGCCAAAAUUACCUUUACACCGCGUCGAAAUUGCACGUCAGAUACAAGAGUUACUCCACCCCAAGACUACUCUGUUUGCUGAGACUGGCGAUUCCUGGUUCAACGCUAUGCAGAUGAAUCUACCUCGGGACUGUCGCUUCGAGAUCGAGAUGCAAUGGGGCCACAUUGGCUGGUCUGUACCAGCGUCCUUUGGUUAUGCCGUUGGUGCACCGGAGCGCCAAGUUCUUCUGAUGAUCGGCGAUGGCUCGUUUCAGAUGACCGCUCAAGAGGUGUCACAAAUGGUGCGCUCAAAGGUGCCGAUCAUUAUCUUUCUCAUGAAUAAUGGCGGGUAUACCAUUGAAGUGGAAAUUCACGACGGGCUAUAUAACCGUAUCAAAAACUGGAACUAUGCAGCAAUGAUGGAGGUAUUCAAUGCCGGAGAUGGUCAUGCCAAGGGCAUCAAAGCCUCAAACCCAGAGCAACUCGCUCAGGCCAUCAAGCUUGCUAAAUCCAAUUCAGAAGGCCCAACCCUGAUCGAAUGCAUCAUAGAUCAGGAUGAUUGCACCAAGGAACUUAUCACAUGGGGUCACUAUGUCGCAACUGCGAACGGCCGUCCACCAGCGCAUACUUGAUUCCUGAUCUUAGCUCUACUGGAGCAGCGGAUCGGCCAUAUGGUGUGCGUUACAGCCCUACUACCCUGCUCCAUGGUACCCAUCGAUCCGUACUACUGCUUGGUGUUGUAUGAUGUUCAACCCGCGCUGAAACUGUUCAACUGAAGCAUACCCGGAGCGCCUUCUACCCUACAUAAGAUGCCAUCAUCAUUGCACAACCCCUUGCCAACGAAUGCCGCCCAGCCGCAUGCCUGAACCCGGACAAUCACAGCAGCUUGUGGACGGGAAUACAGUAUGUAUGGAUGACUGCUUGAGAGCUGGAGAGAUUGGGUUUGCUAGAGAAUCGCAGAAAAUAAAAGGACUGUAGAACUCACCUUGGCCUGCCCCUUGUGCACUGAGGCCUGGCUGAUGUCACCAGUUAUGAUGCUUUGCCGUUCCUCUCUGCUCUUCUUGCCUAGACAGUUGUUAGCCGUAGCAAGCCUGCAAUGCUCGCUAACAAUGACUUGAACCUUUGAUGGGUGAUCUUCUGCCAUACAGAGAUCAAAUCCGACGUCUUCGUAUGUAUCCGAGUUUCGCUGUGCUUUUAGGGGGUCUGAGUUACUCUUGGCACCACUGUCACUUACCUGGCCCAAAU